AUGGAUAUUAGGCGCCUUGAGGCGCGGGACAUCCCGCUAAUCCAACAUGCGAACUUGGAAAACUUACCCGAGAAUUACUUCAUGAAAUAUUACCUAUACCACGCCCUAUCAUGGCCUCAGCUCAGCUACGUCGCCGUCGACGUCUCGCGACCUAAGAAGACCCCUUACGACUACCCCAAGAUCGUAGGUUACGUCCUUGCUAAGAUGGAGGAAGAGCCCUCCGACGGCGUCCAACACGGCCACAUCACCUCUCGCUAUCCGUCAUGCGCACCCACCGCCGCCUGGGCAUCGCCGAGAAGCUCAGAGGCAAAGCCCCUACACGUGCGCGUCUCCAACAAAGCCGCCAUCCACCUCUACACCAAGACCCUAGGCUUCGACCAAGAGAAGACGGAGCCCAAGUACUACGCCGACGGCGAGGACGCCCACUGCAUGCGCCUCGACCUGUCCUCCAUCCGCGAGCAGAUCCGCGACGCCCAGCUCGACGACGACGACAACAACGACAAGGCCAGCGACGAGCCCCUCGACGAGGGCGAUCCCGUCGGCGACGUCGGCAAGGCCGACGAUAAGAAGACCGCCGCCGCCCCGUCGAAUCGCCCCAAGGAGACUAAGCGCAAGGUCAAGGUUGGGCGCGCGCUGGGCGUCCAGGCGUUGGUGGAGAAGGACGAGAGUAAGCAUUCUUAG